ACUGAUGGGUGAAGAACUUUCUGCUUUGGAUAUUGAUCAGCUGAAGCAUCUGGAAGAUCAAUUGGAAACGGGUUUGAAGAAUGUUCGCACAAGAAAGGAUCAAAUGUUUAUAGAUGAGAUCAAAGAAUUACAACAAAAGGGAAGCCUCGUUCAGCAACAAAAGGAAGAACUUCUUAAAAAGAUAGACCUUAUCCACAAAGAAAAUGCAGAACUAAAAAAGGUUGUUGAAGCAAGGCGUGCAGAAGAAAAAGAAUCACUGAAUCCUUCACAUGCUAUCAGCAAUGGAUAUGAUAAACUUUACCCUAACAGUCUGCAACAAAGCCAGUCUCAGCCUCAACACAGGGCACCAUCGGAUGAAGCGAUCAUUCUGGGGUAUUCCCUCAAAUUGAAGAUAUAAAAAAUAGUUUAACGUGCAUCUGAUGUAAUAUAUUUUGGAGAAAUCGCUUUUUUUUUGAAAAAUUAAAAAAUCUUUUAAAAAAAGAAGGGAUUAUUCUCGAAAUUUAAACUUUACUAUAAACAUGCUGUAAGUCUAUAGAUUUUUAUCCUUAUUUUUGUUAUAAAGUAAGAAGCUAAAGUGUGCACUAGUCUAGAUUACAGCUACAUUGGUGAAAACUGGUUCGAUAUCGAUCGAUCGAUAUUAUUUAUAAAUCUGUA